AUGGAGAAAUAUUUCAAAAGAACUUCAUCAUUGGAGAUUGGAUCCCAAAACAAUUCAUCGACUUCUUCUAACAAGAGGAUAUUUUUAGAAUUCGAAGUAGAGAGCCUCAUAGCAGAUCCAGGACAACAACCAAAGAUUUCAAGUUAUCAUCCGAAUGACAGAGACAAAGUUAGAUGUGCAUAUUUGCAAAAAGGUCCUUGUCAACUAAGGAAUCAUGAUUUUUCACAAACUGCUUGUGGUUCUUCUUUUCGAAGAUUUAAUCCUAAUUGGUUUGAUGAUUAUGGCAAUUGGUUAGAGUAUAGUAUAUCAAAAGAUGCUAUUUUUUGUCUUUGUUGUUAUCUUAUGAAACCUGAGACUGAAGGUGGCGAUGCUUUUGUAACCAAUGGCUUUUCAAAUUGGAAAAAAAAGGAGAGAUUACAAACUCAUGUUAGGAUUCAUGAUAGUGCUCAUAAUCAAGCUUGGAGAAAAUAUGAAGCACUUAUGAAACCAAAACAACAUAUUAUACGUGGCCAAGGAUAUAAUGGUGCAAGUAAUAUGCAAGGAGAAUUUAAUGGUUUAAAAACUUUGAUAUUGAAAGAAAAUUCUUAUGCUUUCUAUGUACAUUGCUUUGCUCACCAACUUCAGUUAGCUCUUGUAACGGUUGCAAAAAAACAAGUUGAAAUUGCUUUGCUUUUUAAUUUGUUAACCAAUUUGUGCAAUGUUGUUGGAGCUUCGUGUAAACGAAGAGAUAUGCUUCAUGAUAGUCAGAUGACUAAGACAAUUGAAGCAUUAAAAACUUUGAAAAGAGCUGGAGAUACUAGAUGGGGUUCACACUAUGGAACUAUACUUAGAUUAAUUUCUUUGUUUCCUUCCGUGGUCAAUGUUCUUGAAUAUGUUGAGGAAGAUGGAAAUAAUUCAGAACAAAGAGCUGAAGCAUUUACUAAUGAAUUAUCUCAAGCAUUACAAAUGAAUGAUCAAAACAUUGUAAAUGCUAUGGCAUUGGUUAAAGUGUCUAAGCAACGGUUGCAAACUAUAAGAGAUGAUGGUUGGUCUCUUUUAGUUGACGAAGUCUCAUUGUUUUAUGACAAAUAUAAUAUUACUGUUCCAAAAAUGGAUGAUAUAUUUGUGUCACAAGGAAGAUCAAGACGCAAAGCUCAAAAGAUCUCAAAUUUGCAUCAUUUUCAAGUUGAGAUAUUCUAUCAAGUAGUUGAUAGACAACUUCAAGAACUCAACAACCGUUUUAUAGAGGUGAAUACUGAAUUACUUCUUUGUAUAGCUUGUCUGAAUCCAAGACACUCAUUUCUUGCAUUUGAUAAGGAGAAGUUAAUCCAGUUAGCUCAAUUCUAUCCAUUAGAAUUUUCUUCUACUCAACUUUUGGCACUUGAUAGUCAACUUGAGAACUUCAUACUAGAUGUGCGUUCUGAUGAUCAAUUCUCAAACUUAAAUGGGAUUGGUGCUCUUUCUCAGAAAUUGGUUGAGACUCGAAAAAAUAUUGUUUAUCCAUUAGUGUUUCUUCUUUUGAAGUUAGCUUUAGUUUUUCCUGUAGCAACUGCAUCAGUUGAAAGAACCUUUUCUGCUAUGAACAUCAUAAAGAGUCGGCUUCGCAACCGUAUGGGAGAUGAAUUUUUAAAUGAUUGUUUAGUGACAUACAUAGAAAGAGAAACAUUUGAUUGUAUUGACAAUGAAAAGAUUCAAUCUUUCCAAAAUAUGAAAUCCAGAAGAAUGGAAUUUUAA